UGGAUGUCAACGCCUAGCAGACUCUUGAGAGCUGCCACCAAGCCAGAGACAGGGACUUACUUCUCGUGCACUCUCAGACCCUUGCGAUGGAGGCAGAGGCAGGGAGCGCUGUGGAGCCAGGGAAGACAGCCACCAGAGGCACUCGCAUUGCCCUGGUCGUGUUCAUCGGCGGCACGCUGGUGCUUGGCACCAUCCUCUUUCUAGUGAGCCAAGGCCUCCUGAGUUUUCAAGCUAAACAGGAGUACUGCCUGAAGCCACAGUGCAUUGAAGCUGCUGCUGCCAUCUUGAGUAAAGUAAAUCUGUCUGUGGAUCCUUGUGAUAAUUUCUUCCGGUUCGCCUGUGAUGGCUGGAUAAACAAUAAUCCAAUUCCUGAAGACAUGCCAAGCUAUGGGGUUUAUCCUUGGCUGAGACAUAAUGUUGACCUCAAGUUGAAGGCACUUUUGGAGAAAUCAAUCAGUAGAAGACGGGACACUGAAGCUGUGCAAAAAGCCAAAAUCCUUUAUUCAUCCUGCAUGAAUGAGAAAGCGAUUGAGAAAGCAGAUGCCAAGCCAUUGCUGCACAUCCUGCGGCAUUCCCCAUUCCGCUGGCCAGUGCUGGAAUCAAAUAUUGGUCCUGAAGGUGUUUGGUCUGAGAGAAAGUUCAGCCUCCUGCAGACCCUUGCAACGUUUCGUGGUCAAUACAGCAAUUCCGUGUUCAUCCGUUUGUAUGUAUCACCUGACGACAAAGCAUCCAAUGAACACAUCUUAAAGCUGGACCAAGCGACACUCUCCCUGGCUGUGAGGGAAGACUAUCUUGAUAACAGCACAGAAGCCAAGACUUAUCGAGAUGCCCUCUACAAGUUCAUGGUGGAUACUGCCGUGCUCUUAGGAGCUAACAGUUCCCGAGCAGAGCAUGACAUGAAGUCGGUGCUUAGGUUGGAAGUUAAGAUAGCUGAGAUAAUGAUUCCACAUGAAAACCGGACUAGUGAGGCCAUGUACAAUAAAAUGAACAUUUCCGAAUUGAGUGCUAUGAUUCCACAGUUUGACUGGCUGGGCUACAUCAAGAAGGUCAUCGAUGUCAGACUGUACCCUCACCUGAAAGAUAUUGGUCCCUCUGAGAAUGUGGUGGUUCGCGUCCCACAGUACUUUAAAGAUUUGUUCAGGAUAUUAGGCUCCGAGAGGAAGAAAACCGUUGCCAACUAUUUGGUAUGGAGAAUGGUUUAUUCCAGAAUUCCAAACCUCAGCCGGCGUUUUCAGUAUAGGUGGCUGGAAUUCUCACGGGUAAUCCAGGGGACUACAACUUUGCUGCCUCAGUGGGACAAAUGCGUAAACUUUAUCGAAAGUGCCCUGCCUUAUGUUGUAGGGAAGAUGUUUGUGGAUGUGCACUUCCAGGAAGACAAGAAGGGAAUGAUGCAGGAAUUGAUUGAAGGUGUUCGCUGGGCCUUUAUUGACAUGCUGGAGAAAGAAAAUGAGUGGAUGGAUGCAGCAACAAAAAAGAAAGCCAAAGAAAAGGCGAGAGCUGUUUUGGCCAAAGUUGGCUAUCCUGAGUUUAUAAUGAAUGAUACUCAUAUUAAUGAAGACCUCAAGGCAGUCAAGUUUUCAGAAUCUGACUACUUUGGCAACGUCUUGCAGACCCGCAAAUAUUUAGCACAGUCUGAUUUCUUCUGGCUAAGAAAAGCGGUUCCAAAAACAGAGUGGUUUACAAAUCCAACAACAGUCAAUGCAUUCUACAGUGCCUCUACCAACCAGAUCCGGUUUCCAGCAGGGGAGCUUCAGAAGCCUUUCUUUUGGGGAACAGAAUAUCCUCGAUCUCUGAGUUAUGGUGCUAUAGGAGUAAUUGUUGGACAUGAAUUUACACAUGGAUUUGAUAAUAAUGGGAGAAAGUAUGAUAAAAAUGGAAACCUAGAUCCUUGGUGGUCUGUGGACUCAGAAGAAAAGUUCAAAGAAAAAACAAAGUGCAUGAUUAACCAAUAUAGCAACUAUUAUUGGAAGAAAGCUGGUUUGAAUGUGAAAGGGAAGAGGACCCUGGGAGAAAAUAUUGCUGACAAUGGAGGCCUACGGGAAGCAUUUAGGGCUUACAGGAAAUGGAUAGACGACAAAAGGCAGGGAGUUGAGGAGCCUCUUCUCCCUGGUAUCUCAUUCACCAACAACCAACUUUUCUUCCUGAGCUAUGCCCAUGUGAGGUGCAAUUCCUACAGGCCAGAGGCUGCCAGGGAACAAAUCCAAAUUGGUGCUCACAGCCCACCUCAGUUUAGGGUUAAUGGUGCAAUUAGUAACUUUGAAGAAUUCCAGAAAGCUUUUAACUGUCCACCCAAUUCCACAAUGAACAGAGGCAUGGACUCCUGCCGGCUCUGGUAGCGGCAAUGCUGGUUUCUGCCACUCUGAGAGAGCCAUCGCACAGUGGAAGCAGAAGUGGUGCUGGACACUCAUCGUACAUGGCUUUAGGCCUGUGUUCCCCUAAGGACUUUCAUUUUAAUGCAUUCUCACUAUUUGGUUAGAUCUGUUCAAAGUUGUAGGGCUUUAAAAAAAUGGAAUAGAUUAAAUGAACCACGUUUGCUUCUUUAGAAAACCAAAGCAACAACAACAAAAAAAUCCCUAGACAACUUUUGUU